CCCGGCCCGGUUCGGUUCGGUUCGGUUCGUUUCAGCUGUCAGUCACUGUGCGCGGUGGCGCUGGCACUUCGGUUUCUGCUGAAGCACACUCCUCCUCCUGCCGUGCCUGAGGGUGGGGCUCGGUGGUGGUGAUGAUGGUGAUGGUGAUGAUGAUGAUGAUGAUGAUGAUGAUGAUGACAUCCCUCCCAGAAUGCUUAGCGCCUGACAAGAUGAGCGUGACGUCGUGGUUCCUGGUUAGCAGCUCCGGCACGCGCCACCGCCUCCCCAAGGAGAUGAUCUUCGUGGGCCGCGAGGACUGCGAGCUCGUGCUGCAGUCUCGCAGCGUGGACAAGCAGCACGCCGUCAUCAACUACAACGCCACCGCAGACCGGCACCUGGUCAAGGACUUGGGCAGCCUGAACGGGACGUUCGUGAACGACCUGAGGAUUCCCGACCAGACGUACGUGACGCUGAAAGCGUCCGACGUCCUCCGAUUCGGAUACGAUUCUCACGUCUACGUUCUGGAGAAGAGUCAACACAAAGUCCCCGAAGAGGCUCUCAAGGUCAGCGCGGCGCCGCACGAGAAGUACGCCGGCCAAUUGCAGAUGAGCCUGAAGGCGUCUCACGCGAAGAAGACGGAGCUCGACAAGAACCCCGGCGGCAAGAGUCUGACGCAAGAGGCGCCGACCCCGCGGCCCACGCCGCUGUACGGGCAGCCGUCUUGGUGGGGUGAGGAGGAUUGCGGGAGUCGGCCGGACAGCGGAGAUGAGCCUCACGGAGAAGACCCUCGCAGAGAGGUGCAGAGAGAAGCUCCGCCGCCUGCGGAUCCCGAUUUCGCCGGAUGUCUUUCCAGUCCCCAAACGAAAACCCUAUUCGCGCCGUACCAGCGCGAGGCCAGCUACUUCGAGAUUCCCACCAAGGACUUGCAAGUCCCCAAGGCCGUGGCGGCGCAGCUACAAGAGAUCCCCACCAAGGACACGUCCCCCGCCCCCACCGAGACCCCGCCCGCCGUCCAGAGCCACGCCUCUUUCACCAUCGAGUUUGACGAGUGCACGCCGGGGAAGAUCAAAAUCAAAGACCACGUGACCAAGUUCUCCUCCCGCCGCAGGAAGACUCCGGCCCCUGCCAAGACCGCCCCGGCGGAAGUCGUGUCAUCGCAGAACAAGGUGGCCGACUGGCUGGUUCACAGCGACGUCAGCCUGAUGAAGAAGCGGCCCGCGUGUGACGACGUUUACAGCACGAAGAGCGACCUCGCCGUCAACUUCAAGUCGCUGAAAGGUCAUCACCAUGACGACGGAACGCAGAGCGACUCCGAGGACCCGGCGCUCAAAGGACGGAGGAGUAAAUCCGCCCAGCCAAAACAGACAACGCCGGCCUCCCCCGAGGCCCCGGAGCCCCCCUUGCGCCGAAGCCCCCCUCGGGUCCGGUCUCCCGUCACGGACCCGUCCAAGCAAGGUCCCCCCGAGCGCCUGAGCCAGCAGGCAUUUGUCAUCGAGUUCUUUGACGACAACCCUCGCAAGAAGCGGUCGCAGUCGUUCACACACAACUCCGCCCACGCAGACUCUUACUCCGCCCUCAAGAGCAAGCUGGAGCGGCGCAAAGGCAGCGAGCGUCCGGCAUCCGUUCACGGCCACGUGGCCCCGACCCAGCAGGUCACGGUGCCGCUCAAAAGUCCCGGCGGCCACGGAGCCCCCCAGAGAUCCAGUUCCCUGAGGCGGGAACAGGCAGAUACGGAGACCUAUCGCUCGACCUCGGCCGUCUUUGUUCGUCCUUUUGGCAGCGUCGGGAAGAAGUCCAAACUCGCUCGAGACUUGGCCGUGGAAUUCUUGAAGGAUUCCAGUCAGGACUCCUUCCCUACCAGGCAGCAAAUGUCGCCGCCGCCGAUGUCGGCACCACCGGUGAUGGUGUCGCCUCCUUUGCCGCCGGAACCUUCGGCCCCUCCCGCGACGGCGCCGCCUCCCCCCGUCGACCCUUCCCCGGGCCCCGCCCCGCCGCCCCUGAGUUUUACCGCAGGGGAUCCGAAAGGGUGCCAGAGGCUGUUGAGGAACGAGGAGGACGACAGCGUGAGCGAGGCCGGCACCUACACCAUCGACACGGACGCUCACGACCAGGAAGUGGAAGACGCUCGCAACAUGAUCGACCAGGUGUUCGGGGUCCUGGACUCUCCGGAGUACGCUGAUCUGAGCCCGGGAACGCCGAGGCCCGUGCUAGACGAAGGCCAGGAUGCUAACGUCGCUAGCUGUUGCAUGAUGUUGCACGACUUCGGCCUGGUUGGGAGCAGUGCCCCCGCAGCAAGCCCCUUCCAGGCUCCAGGUCCAGAAGGACCAAAGUGGGUAUCCCGUUGGGCCAGUCUAGCAGACAGCUGUGCUGCGCCUGGUUCCGCACCGCCUCAAGAAGACCGGCACACGCCGAUCCAGGCGGCUGAAGGUUACAGCUACGAGCGGUCAGAGUCGGAGUCCAGCCACAGCUCCAGGACGAGAAGGCUCCUGCCUCAGGUUCCCCCCGAAAAGCUGGACGGCGCCCUCCCUGGCCUCCUUGUGCACCACGCACCUUCUCAAGACCGGGACCGUGCGGACAGAGCUCCUCAUUCUCCUCCGCACCAACAGGACUCCACUCAGUGCCUGUCUGUUCAAGGUGAACUGGAUCCAGACAGUCUGAGUGACGCCGGCCGCUCGGAGGACAGACCCGUUUUCAAGCAAACGCGAAACCAUCGGACUGCUUUGAAAUCUUCAGCUCCUUUAAAGGGUCAUGAGAACUCGACCUCAUCCACAAAAUCCCCCAUCUUCUACAUUGGUUCUGAAGAAAAUCCAACCAGAGCUGACUCAGCCCGAUUCUCAGCCCACUUUCAGAGGAGCCCAGACUCCUACACCAAAACUCCCCCGACCGCCGUUCUGAUCCGACACCUCGGCAGCCACGAAGCCCGCAGGGGGGGCCUGAAGCCACACAGCUCCGCACCGAACCUCCAAACACAGAACAAAGAUUGUGUCCCAACAAAAGACACCUCGUCCCUCGUACGGCAGGAGAGUUUCACCAAAACCGGGCCAUGUGAAAACGUCCAAGUCAACAAGCUUCCCCACAUUUCCAGUCAGCCGUCCAUCAGAGACUUGGAACAGAGGAGGGAGACGUUUGCGGAUGCAGAUCCCUUCCUCCAGGAGCCCGGCAAGUUCCCGUCUCCCGGCUCCGGGCAAAGCUCCAAGAAAGGCGGCUCGUCCAGCCACGUCGACGAUUCGCUUUCGGGAGAGUCUGACGUGGACACGGCGAGCACCGUGAGCCAGGUGAGCAGCAAAAACGCGUCCGUCACUUCUGCUGUUAAGAAACAGUCCAACGGCACUCUCCGCAAGGAGAAGACCUCCUCCGGUCAGCAGAAGGGACGACAGCUCUCGGCCCGUGAGCGACUUUCAGAGAAACGGCGAAACCAGGCUAGCGUUACUCCCUCAAACAAGGCGGGGGCGACCAAGCGCUUUCAGAUGCGCCGCAGCGCCGGCGGCCGUGGAUCUUUGGAUCUGUCGUCUGAGGGCCAGCAGGCUUCCCGGACAUUUUCUGACCAGGAAGCCUCUCAGACAUCCAGCCGCAGUAAAAAGGUGGACUCCUUGCUUCCAAAAGAGGACAAUGUAAAGACGGCAAUUGCGCAGGUUCUGACCCGUUCCAACAGCUUGUCCGCACCGCGUCCCACUAGAGCGUCCAUGUUGCGCCGAGCGCGCCUGGGAGAAACUUCAGAUAACGAAGGUGCGGAGACCGACCGGGCCUCUCAAAGUUCCGACCAUGCCGCUGCGGCGCCAAAAGCGGCGCCAGAGGCCAAGAAACUGUCCAGGCUGGACAUCUUGGCGCUGCCGAGGAAGAGGACCGGUUCUUUUACGGCUCCCGGCGACAACGAGACCUCGUCCUCCGCCGGCCGUGCCGCUUUCGUCAAUCGGAACGUCGAUUCGGUCCUCGCCGCCAGGAAGUCUUCGGUGAGCGACGCCCAUCAGGCCGCCGGCAGAGCGGGAGGAGCUCCAGGGAAGAAUACGCUGACCCGCACCCGCUCCGGCGGAGCCAAGUACCCCGACGUCGGUUUCCAUCCCAAGCAGAAGAACUGUGACUUUUCUUCUUCAUCUGACGAAGACUACAAAAGCAGCAGCGCAAACGCCACGAAAGCCAGACGUUCAGCCCAGACCCCUCGGGGCGACGGGACGGCCGCCGGCCGCUCCAAAUCCGUCUCCGCCGAGACGGAGGAGGACGAGGACCGGAGCGACCCGUACCAGAACUGGUCCACGCACAGCGCCGAGAUCGCAAAGCUCAGUCACGACUUGGCCAAAGAUCUGGCCAUCUUGGCCAGGGAAAUCCACGACGUCGCCGGAGACGGAGAUUGCGGCGCCGCGUCGUCCGGCUCCGUGCUCGACCCGUCAGCCUGCGCCGUGUCUGCCAGUGAGGAGCUGCUUCGAGUCGCGCCCGACGACACUCGGAACCUCCGGAACGUUCCUGAACGCUCGCGACUGGACGCAAACAUGAACGAAGCCAAGCGGGACUGCCGAGGAGAGGACACGCAGCCGCUGAGUCCGCUGCGGCACCUGUCGCACGCCAUCCGGGACACCACGGAGCAGCUGGCCGCCAAACUCAAGGUGAUGUUCCGCAACAAAGCCGACUUGUGGGAGGAGAUUGACAAGAAGAUGAAAGCGGACGCCGACGUUCCGGUCCUGAAGACGGCCAAUCAGGAGAUCUCGUCCAUCGUUACGGAGCUCAGAAGAGUCCAAAGGCAGCUGGAAGUCAUCAACUGCGUGGUGGACCCGGCCGCCGGGAGUCUUCAGCCGGUCGCUCAAAGUCCUCGGACCUCCUCCAAGGAAAACAAAGGCGGCGGCAAACAAAAUGGCGUCUCUCAAAAAACGCGCCGUCACGUCCUGUGAAAACACUGACGACUGUUCCUAAUAUUGUGCGCAUUCUCGUUCGUAGAAAACGAUUCGUCCGCAUCCGAGUAGCAGGAGGAAUGUGCUAAUUAGCGCUACCGUGAGACGGCGCCCCCUCUGUCCGCGUGUGGAAGUACGCCAUGCCAACUCACGCCCAGCCUGUCUGUUGUGGUGAAGUCAAUCGUUUCUUUAGGUGAUCGAAGAGUGAGAAAACGCUUUCGAUACAAAAACGCGUCCUCAUUUGCUGUCCAUGUUGUCGUCGUGACACGGUUGCUACGGUGACAUCCAAGUUACGCUCCCCAGCUGUCGUUCCUACGCUCCGUUUUUGUGCCACUUCAAUGCUGUGACAUCAGAAUGAAAUGAAAAGAAUGUUCAUCGAUGUGAUUUAUUGUAAUAAAAAAUUCAAUAAACUCACGUGUGUCAAA